UGGAAAUCGAUACCUAAAAUACUUCCGCGUGAAGUCGGAAGGAUAUUUCAUGGGAACAAUGUACCAAGUCGUAAAAGAUUCGUUUAUAUGAACAAGCCACCCUGGAUAAAAUGUGGGCGUGUACCGAAAGAGUGGAAUACAACUCGACUAUAUAAACACCACAUGGACACGUUGUUUGCUGCUUAGUACGAAAUACAGUUGGUAGCUGAAACAAAUUCAUUUUAAAUUUGCCGAAAAGUAACGGUAUCAAACAUUAUUCGAAUUUUUGCACUGUGGAUUUAGUGAAUAUAGCUGGAGGGAAAUUAAACUUAACAAAAGAUGUAUCGCUCCCUGAUUCGUCGAGUUUCAUCCGCAGUCGAUGUCAUAACCAGAGCCCAGCAAAAUCGAAUAGGGAGGGCCAUAGCAUCGAGUGGAUAUCGACGGAAAGAAACGAAUUGUUACAAUGGGAACCUUGUUCGCUUCUCGUCUGAAGCAGCAACAUCCCCAGCGAACCAGGAGAUGCCAAGACUUUAUACCUUGAACAAUGGAGAAAAGGUCUCCCCGACUUUUUCAAAAGAAGAGAUGGACAGCCGUAUAAUGAUGGUAAGGAAAUACAUGGAAGAAAACCACCUCAGUGGAAUCCUUUUCACCUCAAUGCAUAACGUUAAUUACUUCUCAGACUUCCUCUACUGUUCCUUCGGUCGUCCCUACGGCUUGGUCAUCACCGCGGACAAGGUAACGAGCAUCUCCGCAGGAAUCGACGCAGGACAACCCUGGAGAAGGACAAGCACUGGAGGUAACGUUAUCUACACCGACUGGCACCGGGACAACUUCUGGGUCGCCGUCCAGGAGGAACUGGCCAAUGUGCCUUCGGGAAAGAUCGGUUGCGAAUUCGACCACAUGACGCUGGACAACAUGGUGAAGCUGGAAAAAGCCGUUUCUGGCAAGGACAUCGUUGACGUCGGAACGCCGAUGAUGAUGCGGAGAUUGAUCAAGUCCGAUGAGGAGAUUGCGUUGAUCACCGAGGGGGCGAGGAUAUGUGAUCUCGGGGGAGAUGCAGUGGUUGGUGCCAUCGCAGAAGGUGUUGGUGAACACGAGGUGGCCCUCCAGGGUACUGAAGCAAUGGUCAUGGAGAUAGCUAAGUCCUUCCCUCAUGCAGAACUUAGAGAUACAUGGAUUUGGUUUCAAUCUGGUAUCAAUACGGAUGGAGCACAUAAUCCUGUGACAUCGCGCAAAAUUCAGAAAGGUGAUAUUCUUAGUCUGAACACAUUCCCCAUGAUUGCUGGCUAUUACACUGCUUUAGAACGAACGCUGUUCUGCGACCACGUCCCCUCUGAUCGACACAUGGAGGUAUGGGAGAAGAACUGCGACAUUCACCGACGCGGUAUGGCUCUCAUCAAGCCAGGUGUUCGAGUAUGCGACAUCGCAGCCGAGCUCAAUGACGUCUAUCGGCAGUACGAUCUCCUCAAGUACCGGAGCUUUGGGUACGGCCAUUCCUUCGGUGUGCUGUGUCAUUAUUAUGGCAGAGAAGCAGCUCUUGAAAUUCGUGAAGACAUCAAGACAGUAUUGGAACCCAACAUGGUGAUCUCAAUGGAGCCUAUGGUCACCAUACCAGAAGGCCAGCCAGGCGCAGGAGGUUACAGGGAACACAACAUUCUGGUAGUAACACAAGAUGGUGCCCGAAACAUCACUCAUUUUCCGUUCGGGCCCGAACACCUUGUUGUGAGAAAGUGACAAUCAUGCGACACAAAAUAAUAUCAUGAAUGUAUUGUCUUAUUUUAUUUGCAGUUCGAACGAUCGUGACUGUCCCAUAUGACUCAGUAAAAACGCUGUUUUAAAUGUUAUACAACGUUGCUUUCUAUUUGAACUUAACAGUAGUUGUUUAACAGUUAAAUUUAAACUUGUGUUAAAAUGAUAUCUUAGACAAUUAAAGUUUAAUCUUUAAUAAAUCUUCAAUGAAAUAAGCAUGGUUAUUUUAAACAGUUUCUGUAUGUAAUGUUCAUAAAGUAAACAGCGUUGUAUAACAAUUAACUGCGUUUUCAUUGUUUCUAUGAACCAGUCGGGAAUGUUUAAACAUAUACCUAUAAAAUGGAGAUAUAUGUGUUGGCAUUAUAAUGAUUUAGCAACAAGGUGGAUUACAGUAUCCAGUAUAUAUGAAGGGAUUUGGUGAGAAAGUGUACCGUUACAGCGAAACAUUCGUGAUAUACAUAUUCAGCGAGUUAGAGGCAAUCAGGGGUGAAUAUAUAUAUUCAGGGAGUAGGCCUAUACUGUUGUCAUGGUUGUAAACUUAUUUCAGGGGGCCUGUUGUAUAUAAAUUUAGGAUGCAAUUAAGCUUUAAGUGUACUCUUUUGGAU